AUGUCCGACUUCAACCCCUCCCAGGCGAUCACGGACGCCAUAAACGAUUACUUCAGCAAUCUCUAUGCUUUCCUCGAACUCCUCGUGACCCGCUUCUGCACAAACCUCUACAAGUCCUUCGCGGAAGUUACCGCCUACCGCUGGACAAAGGUCAUCCUCAGUGUCGUCGGCUACCUCCUCAUCCGCCCCUACAUCGAAGCCUUCUUCAAGAAGAUGCACGAGCGAGACCGCAAGAAGCAGCAGGAGAAGGAGCGUGCCGAGAGAAAGGAGAAGAGGGCUAAGGCUAAGGUCUCGCCUAAUGCGCUGAGAGGUGGCGCUGCAGAGGGCGAGGGCAAGGUGCUGGGUGAGGUUGAGAACACGGAUGAUGAGCUCGAUGAGGUUGAUGACCAGGAGAAUGUCGAGAACGCGGAGGAAUUUGCGACGGCUAGUGGGGUGCCUGAGUGGGGGAAGAAUGCGCGCAAGCGAGCCAAGAAGCAUGCGAAGAAGCUCGACAAGGAGGCUGAGGAGACCAAGGGUCCCAAGCUGACUGAGGACCAGAUCAAGGAGCUGCUCGACUGGAGUGAGUCCGAGGAUGAGAAGAAGGCUUGA